AUGCUCAGCCUUCGCUCUUUGGUCUUUGCCUCGCUCGCGCUGGCCAGCUCGGCGGUCGCCGCGCCCGGUCAGAACAUCACCGAGAACUUAAUCUCACGCACCGCGGCUCUGACGACGAGCGGCACCGGCACCAAUAAUGGCUUCUACUACUCAUUCUGGACUGACAAUGCUGGCGGCACCGUGAACUACAACAACGGUAACGCGGGCGAGUACAGCGUGACGUGGCAGAGCGCGGACAACUUUGUUGCUGGUAAAGGCUGGAACCCGGGAUCUAGCGACCCCAUCUCUUACACCGGAACAUGGAACGGUGGAAGCGUGAAUGCGUAUCUUUCCGUCUACGGUUGGACUGAGAAUCCGCUCAUCGAGUACUACAUCGUCGAGAACUUCGGCUCGUACAACCCGGGCUCUGCUGGCCAGUUGAAGGGUACUGUGACAUCUGACGGCUCUACAUAUGACAUUUACACUGCGCAGAGGGUCAACCAACCUUCGAUUGAGGGCACCGCUACGUUCACCCAGUUCUGGAGCAUACGUAGGAGCAAACGUACGGGUGGUACUGUGACAGUGGCAAAUCAUUUCAAUGCUUGGAAGAGCUUCGGGCUCAACCUCGGGACACACAACUACCAGAUCGUCGCGACGGAAGGCUACCAGAGCAGCGGUUCAGCUGACAUCACCGUCAGCAGCGACCGUACUGGCAGUGGUAGUGGAACUGGUGGAGGCACUGGUGGAGGCAGCACAGCCCCGGCACCGACGACGACGGCCACCGCUCCCUCUGGCACUGGCGCCGCGCACUACGGGCAAUGCGGCGGCAUCGGCUGGAGCGGCGCGACCUCGUGCGCCUCUCCAUUCACUUGCACCGUUAUUAACUCGUACUACUCUCAGUGCUUGUAG